AUGAUUGUGCUUCGAGGGGUCUUUAUGAGGAGUCUUAGGGCGGUAUUCGAGUGGUUUCAAAACAAAAGCCUGAAUCCGGCCUUCGGCCAGCCCCUCAGCUCGUCCGUAUGUGAUCAAUUGCGCAAGAUGGCACCCGAGUAUAAGGUCGCACUUAUUCAACUCUAUGCAAAACCUGUCGACGCUGAAGACAAUUUCAACAGGGCGUCCAUCUUCAUUCAUGCCGCAGCUGCACAAGGUGCUCACCUUGCCGUUCUCCCCGAAUACCAUCUGACGAGCUGGAUACCGCGGGACCCAAAGUUCAAGGAGAUCUGUGCCCAAUGGAGCGUCUUCCUAGCCCGCUAUCAAGGCCUAGCGGCUGAGUGCGACAUCAGCAUCGUGCCUGGCACAAUCGUCGAACUCCACAAAGACGAGGUUACCGGGGAAGAGACCCUACAGAAUGUGGCCUACUUCAUUGAUAACGGAGGCAAGAUUCUGAGCAGAUAUCAGAAGAAGAAUCUGUGGCAUCCGGAGCGAAAACACCUCGUCAGCUCAACGUAUGACCCCCACGACGCAUUUGACACGCCACUGGGAAAGGUUGGAUUACUUGUCUGUUGGGAUUUAGCGUUUCCCGAAGCUUUCAGGGAACUCAUCGCCAAGGGCGCAAAGACGGUCAUCAUACCGACAUUUUGGGGCAUCAAUGAUUGUUCGGAGUAUGCGCGGAAUCUCAACCUAAGGACAGAGGCGUUGCUGUUAGAGAGCAUGUUGACGGCGAGGGCGUUCGAAAAUACGUGUUGUGUCAUUUUUGUGAAUGCCGGGGCCCCGCCUGGGGAUCUUGAGAAUGGGGCGUAUGCUGGCUUGAGUCGUGUAACACUACCAUUUGUUGGCGCCAAGGGGGAGGAGACAAUGAAAACUACGGCAGAGGGAAUGAGCAUUGUCACAAUAGACAUGGAAAUUGUGGAGGAGGCAGAGAAGAAUUAUCGAGUUCGGGCUGAUCUGGGGGCAGAAGGAUGGCAUUAUACCUACAGGCAUGAAGAUAAAUCGAGACUUUGA